AUGAGUCAGUACAGUUCCCAGAACGUACUGAACAUGAGUUUGAGCCGCAGAGGAGACCCGACCACCGGGGGGUCCUUUCGCUACACCCGUAGCGAAUUCGUGCAAGGAGGUGGCAACGGAUACGACCAUUACAUGGACGGAUACAAUACUUUGCCCAAGUCUUCUGUAGGAGGAAUGGCGGUAGACACUAUCGGAAGAAUGUCAUCUACAACUGGAGGUGGAAUUAGUGGCCUCAAUGACAUCCAUCAGAGAGCCAUGUCACUCCAAGCGCAGUGCCAAGAGGACCUGAGGAGAGCUGAAUUUGCUCUACAGUCGGGAGGUAACAUGGCUGAUGCUGAGCAGUAUCUGUUAAGGGCAAAAGACACUAUUGAUCAACUGAAGACCUAUGCAAUGGACCUGAAGCAGAUGGGACAGCCGAGUGACAACGUUUUCAGAACUUGGGAGAUUUGUAACGAUCAGCUGAAGGGGUUCCACUUGGCUAUGACUGGCUCUUUGCAGAGGAGAAAGAGUGCUAGAGGAAGCACGAGCUCUUGGGAAGAGCAGGGGAGGAGCUUCCACGAUGCUGUGGCCUGGAUUGCACAGCAAAAGCGUCUGAUUGAAACGACAUUUUGGGGUGAAGAUCCUGCUAGCAUAGAAAAGAAUCUUAUUAGCCAUCAGAGGUUUCACAACUCUAUUCAGAACAGUGCAGAAGUGGACCGAGCCAGGAGUGAACUGGUGAAGAAAGGAGACAAAGGAAAUCUUCAUGCUUUGGAUCAGGAGUGGGACAGUCUACAGCAAAUGUCGUUUGCUCGGACACAGCAGCUGGAAGACUUGCAGCAGAUCAUUCAAGAACUGUCCAAAGAGAUCAUGUGGGUCAAUGACAAGGAAGAAGAGGAAUUAAUCUUUGAUUGGGGUGAUAAGAACCUUGACCAGUACAUACCCCGGAAGCAAGAAAGCUAUUCAAAACUAAUGAGUGCCCUUGAGGAGAAAGAAAAGCAACUGAAUAAACUAAAGGUCCGAGUGGACAGCCUGUUGAAGAACAAUCACCCAGCUUCAGACAAGAUCGAGGCAUACAGGGACACACUACAGACUCAGUGGAGUUGGCUCCUUCAAAUUACCAAAUGCAUUGAUGUGCAUCUCAAGGAGAAUGCCGCAUACAACCAGUUCUUUAAGGAGGCUCAUGAGACCUGCAGAUCCCUACAGGGGCAACAAGAAGCCAUCCUUCAAAGGUUUUCCUGCGACAAGAACACCUCACUGGAAAACCUGCUGGAGCUGCUCAAGGGAUUGGAGAGGGAGAGAGAGACUAUAAAUGAUCACAAGAGGCAAGUACAGCAUCUUGUAAACAAGUCCAAAAGCAUCGUCAGACUGAAAGCCAGAAACCCAGAAGAGAGGAGCAGCCGACCUGUUAUUGUAAAAGCCCUGUGUGACUUCAAACGUGACCAGAGGGUGAUCUGUAAGGGUGAUGAGGCGAUCUUGAAAGACAACAGUCAGCGUAGCAAGUGGGAGGUUACAGGGCCAGGUGGACUAGAUAUGGUGGUACCAUCAGUGUGCUUGAUCCUCCCUCCUCCCAAUCCACUCAGCAUCAAUCUGGCUACCAAAAAUGAGCAAUACUAUGAGUCUAUUUUGUCUAUCUGGAAUCAGCUGUACAUCAAUGUUAAGAGUCUCAUUGCCUGGCAGUACUGCCUUAUUGAUAUUCAACACAUCAACUCCCUCACCAUCUCCAUGCUGGCUCAGAUGAGUCCCGAGGAGUACUCCCAGCUUAUCAAGCGCCUUGAGACACAUUACGAAGAGUUCAAACUGAGUUGCCAAGGCUCACAGAUGUUUGUUGAAAAUGAUAAGAGGAGCAUUGAGAACCUGUUCAACGGGGCUCAGGCCCACUAUGGAACUCUGGUGGUGCAGUUACCUGCUUACCAAGCCCAGCAAGCACAGCAACAGCUAAUUAUAAUGACUACAGCUGCCAAUGAUGAUGCCAGAAAGCUAGAGGAAGAAAAUCAGAGAACGGAAUUGAAAAAAGUGAAAAAAGAAGUGGUGAAAGUAAUAAGGACGGAGCCGACAAAGAAGAAGGUCACCCCAUCUUCUCAUAGCUUAACAGAGCUGCAUGCACUCAGAUUGAAGCUUGAGGCAGUUGAGGGCUUACUGAAUCAGCAUGUUCAUUUCUGCUUGGGAGAUGAUGGGACAAAAGACUGUGGCCUGAAAAUCACACAGUUAGAGGGUGUGCAGCUUGAGGUCAACACGAUAAAAGAAGAGUACGUAAUACUGAGGGAGAAUAUUAUGAAGGAGCUGGAGAGGAUGAAGGAUUCGGACAAAGCUCAGUUCCUACGCAAUGAGCUUGGAGUCAUCAAUGAACGUUUCAACAGUCUAGAGAGUAACUCAUCAACGAAUCUCCAUCGGCUCCAGGCUCUAAAGGACUUGAUGGAAAGUAUGGCACGUGCUGAAGACAUCAUUAAAGUUCAUGAGGCGAGAUUGACAGAGAAGGAGACCACUUCUCUGUUGCCAGGAGAUGUAAAUGACUACUUGACGGCUCUUAAGAAUAUUCAGGAUGAGUUGGAUCAGAAAAACGAUGUUCUGGCCUCCCUGGAGGCUGAACUUGCCAAGGCAAACCAUUGGAAUGGCGAGGUGGGUGGGCCCUUCCACAGGUGUGACAUGAUACUUUCAAAAUACAGUGAGCAAGUGGGUCUACUGUUGGACCGCUGGAGACGAAUAAAGGCACAGAUCAACUGCAGACUUCAGGAUUUGCAGCGGUAUCUGCCUCAGCUGGAACAGUACAAGCAGUCCAGCUCAUCUUUCACUGACUGGAUGGAUGACACAAGGAAAAAGCAAGACUACCUGCAGGCCACUAAUAUACAAACUGUUCAAUCUCUGACGGACCAAAUUAACAAUCAGAAGGCUAUAAAUGCGGAAAUCAAAGCAAAAAGGGAAACAUUAGAAAGUGUCCUGAAAGACAAUGAGGCCUGUGUGUCCUCCAUCAAGGAUUUUGAAUCGGACCUAGCCUGUUACACCUCUGGUUUAGAGACUUUGCUCAACAUCCCUAUCAAGAGAACAAUGUUAAGAUCGCCAUCUGUGGAUCUCAUUCAGGAGGCUACCCAAUUGCAGACCCGAUACAUGGAGUUGCUUACUUGGUCUGAUGACCAUUUAAAAUUCCUAGGAGAACUUCUGAAAAACAUGGAGGAUCUUAAGAUUCGUAGCACUCGGAUUGACCUGCUAGAAGAAGAACUUCGCUUGUUGAGGGAGACUAUCGAAGACCGCAAUAGCAAGAAUAAAUCUCUCGAAGAAGCUAUUCUCCGCUAUCAACUCGAGCUGUCCCAGUCACAGGAAAAGCUGCUGUCAAUGGAGGAGAUUAAACAGACCACUGACCUGCAGUGCAAUGCUGCAAAAGACAGCCUAGACAGCACUCACAACCAACUGGCGGACCUAACUGAUCAGGUGACACAUCUCAACUACUUGCUGGAGGAAGAAAAGAGGAAGAGGAAACUGGCAGAAGAGCGCUUCACCCAACAGCAAGAGGAGUAUCAGUCUGUCCUUAAGAAAAGGCAUACAGAGCUAGAAAGUGUCAGCCGGUCCAAAGUGGAAGUGGAAAAGACUAUGGCAAAUCAAGAACAUGGGAUUAAACAGCUACAGCGGAAGCUAGAAGAGGAAACCUCAAAGGUGACAGAACUUCGCAAUGAGAUUUCAAAGACAUCAACCACAAUUCUAUCACUUCAAUCGCAGUACAGUGACAUUGUAAAAGAGAGAGAUGCUCUUCAGCUGAAACUCCAGUUGUCUGGGAACGACAAGGAUCAUCUUGAAAGACUAGAAGAGGAACUCAGACGCAUCAAACUGUCUCUUGAGUCAGAACUACAAAAUAGGCAACGUGUACAGGAGGAGAAUGAGCGGGUGAAAAGAGAUUUAAGUUACUGGAAGGAACAAUAUGAAAGUAAACAGGAACUUGUUAACAAAUAUGAUGCCAACAAGGAGCAUCUGGAAAGUGAAAAUACGAGUUUGAAAAGUGAGAUAGAGAGACUUCUAAGGAAAUUAAGUGAUCUUGAGAGUACAUAUCAGGGAAAGCUUUCAGGUCUUCAGAAAGAACUCACAGAAUUGAUCAUUGUGAAACAAACUAUGCAGGAUGAGUUAAAGAAAACUAGAGAACCCUCAACCUUGAAUGCAUCCACCAUAAUUUUUGAUGGGGUCCGCAAAACGGUCACAGCAGCCCAAUUGUUAGACUGUGGUAUUUUGGAUGAACCAACUUACAACCAGCUCAUCAAAGGUCAAAAGACUGUUCCUGAUGUUUCUAACAAUAUUAAAGUUAGUCUUAAAGGAACAGGUCCAAUAGCAGGGGUGAUAGUUGAGAAACUACAAGACGACAGAUUUAUUUCAGGAAUUCCUUGUAAAAUAAGCCUUACUGAAGCAAAGAAAGAGUGCCUUCUACCACCAGAAGUUGUUGACCUGCUACUUGAUGCUCAAGCAGCCACAGGUCACAUCAUUGAUCCCAGAACUAAUCAAAACUUAACGGUUGAGGAGGCAGUUGCUGAUGGAGUGGUAGACUCAAGAGAUCAAGACAGACUUUUAGCAGCACAAGCUGCUGCUGUGGGCUACAAGCAUCCCAGUAAAGCCACACCCCUCUCAGUGUGUGAGGCUUUGAAAAAUGGGAUGAUUGACAUGAAAACUGGACUACGCUUGCUGCAGGCCCAGGAGUGUGUUGGAGGCAUAUUGGAUCCAAAUCUCAGUGUCUUCCUUCCCAAAGUCAUGGCUAUUAAUCGUAAUAUUUUGGAUGAAAAUCUCUUUCAUUCUUUGACCCUGAAUCCAAAGUGUUAUAUAGACCCUGAAACUGACCAGGAUGUCAGUUAUGGACUGUUGAAACAAAGAUGUAAGACCGAGGCUCACACCGGUCUACUUCUGUUGCCAGUCACUGAGCGGAAAGACGCAUCCAAACUAAUUUUUGAUGGUGUCCGCAGGAGCGUAACCGCGCAACAGUUAUUUGAUAGUGGCAUCUUGGAUGAACCAACAUUAAAUCAGCUACUCAAGGGUGAGAAAACUGUGGGAGAGCUGUCUGUCGAAAAGCAGGUUUACCUCAAAGGGACCGGUGUAAUCGCUGGGGUUGCAGCCGGCUCAUUGAAAAAAAUGUCCUUUACUGAGGCUAAGAAACAAAGUAUUAUGUCCCCUGAAAGUGCUGACUUGCUACUUGAAGCUCAGGCAGCCACAGGGCACAUCAUUGACCCGCUGACAAAUCAGAAAUUGACCGUUAAGGAAGCAUGUGCUAGAGGAGUAGUCAGUAGGGAAGAUGAAUCAAAGCUGUUUGCAGCUGAAGCUGCUGCCAUUGGGUACAGAGACCUGGAUACCUCGAUGAUCUUGUCUGUUGGCCAGGCCAUGAAAAGGGGACUGAUUGACAAGGAAACAGCUCUUCGCUUACUUCAGGCUCAAGAAUCCGCUGGAGGUAUUUUGCACCCCGUCCUUAGUGUAUACCUACCUAGAGAUGUCGCUAUUGAUCGGAAUCUGAUUGAUAAAGAACUAUAUGAGGCCCUAAGUCAGUAUCCUCAAUGCUAUCUGGAUCCAGACACCCAACUGCCAGUUAGCUAUCUGUCACUGAAGCAAAGAUGCAGAGAAGACAUAAGUACAGGUCUUUUACUUCUCCCAGAACCUAAAAAACCAACAACUGUCCAAGGACUCAGGAGUCAGGUGUCUGUCACAGAUCUCUUAAAUGCAAAAUUACUUGAGCCAUCUGACAUUGAUCAGUUGAAAGAAGGUAGAUUGACAAGUCAGGACAUUGAGCACCGCCUGCGCUCCUAUUUGGGUAGGUCCACGUGUAUAGCGGGACUUUUUGAUGAAACAAGUGAUAAGGUGAUGACAUUUUAUGAAGCAAUGAAAAAUGGACUUUUGCGACCUGAGACCGCUCUGGAACUUCUUGAAGCACAGGCUGCUUCAGGUUUUAUAGUUGACCCUGUGAAAAAUGUUCACCUCACUGUGAGUGAUGCUUACAACAAAGGACUAUUUGGAUCAGAGUAUCUGGAUACCCUGCUAUCAGCAGAAAGAGCUGUGACAGGUUAUAAACUGCCAGGCACAGGAAAGGUUAUUUCUCUUUUCCAGGCAAUAAAGAGGGGUCUAGUUGCGAAAGAACAGGGCAUCCGUCUGCUUCAGGCUCAGAUUGCCAGCGGCGGUAUUAUUGAUCCUGAACACAGCCAUCGGAUUGAUGUAAAUGUGGCCUAUAGCAAAGGACACUUAGAUGAGGAAAUGAAUAAGAUUGUGAUGGAUCAAGAUGUUGCUAGUAAAGUUUUCUCUGACCCUAAAACAGAGGAAAAGUUAAACUAUUCAGAUCUUAAAAAACGUUGCAUUACUAAUGGCAAGACUGGCCUACUCCUUUUGCCGAUUGUGGACAAAGAAAAGCAAGAAGCAACGAUGAAAAACACUCUGAGGAAGAGGAGAGUAAUUAUUGUGGACCCGCAGACUAAUAAAGAGAUGACUAUACGUGAAGCAUAUGAUAAAGGAUACAUUGACCAUACCACCUACCUGGAACUGGCCGAGCAGGAGUGUGAGUGGGAAGAGAUCACAACCACGGCUCCAGACGGUUCCAAACGAUUUGUUAUCAUUGACAAGAAGACGGGUAGAGAGUAUGACAUCAGUGAACUACUUGAAAAAAGAGUCAUUGAUCAAUCACUUCUUGAUCAAUAUCGCGCACGCAAGAUCACCUUAACACAGUUCGCAGAUGUCAUCACUGAAAAGACUGAGCAUCGAUGGCCAACAUCAACUUCCACAUCACAUGCUUCACUUACAGCUUCAACGUCAUCAUCAUCAACAGUUAUAUCAAGAUCUACUUCUCUUACUAAGGUGUCUACAACAAUGCCUCCCACCAUUAAAGAGCAGAGCUUUACAAGCAGCACUGGUUCUCAAGACUCAUCUGAGACCUUCAAUAAAACAUCUAGUGUUUCGAUCACCCUGACCCCUGUUGAAAGUGUUAGUGAAAAGUAUCCUGUGGGUGCCAUAUUUGAUACAGAGACUUUAGAAAAAAUAUCAGUUAUGGCAGCUCUAAAUUGUGGUCUUCUUGAUGCCAUUACUGCUCAGAGGCUACUGGAGGCCCAGGCUUGCACUGGAGGAAUCAUAAAUCCAGAAAAUGGACGCCGGCUAAGCAUUCAGGAGGCUUCCCGCAAAGGUAUCAUUAAUGACGAUAUGGCUGCCAAACUAAAGCCUGCCCAGAAAGCAUUUAUUGGCUAUGAAGAUUUAAAAAUGGGCAAGAAAAUGUCUGCUGCUGAAGCUGUCAAGGAGAUGUGGCUUCCUUAUGAGGCAGGCCAGCGGUUUAUGGAGUUUCAGUUUGUAACGGGAGGACUGUAUGACCCAGAGCUGGGCUGUAGACGAACUACAGCUGAUGCUUUGAAAAUGGGUUGGAUUGAUAAUAGCACUGCUAUGAAACUCCAAGACUUCAGACAGCACCCAAGGAUUUUAACAUGCCCCAAGAGUAAAUUGAAGAUCUCUUAUAAGGAGGCUCUUGACAAUUGUAUGGUGGAGGAGAGCACUGGGCUGAGAAUGUUACCGGCAUCAUCCGUGUCCUCCAGAGGAAUAAGCAGUCCUUACAAUUUUGGGUCAGCCCCAGGAUCCAUCACGGGCUCUAGAAGUGGCUCUCGACGAAGUUCCCGAAGGAGUAGUUUGGAUUUGGGCUCCGCAUCCUCCUUGUCCACCAGUCAUCACAGUCAUUCAAGCCUUGCCAGCUUCUCCACCAGAUCCGAAACCAACCAAAAAUAG